AUGUGUGAGCUGAUAGCGGAGAUCGAAGCCUCGGAGAAGAUCCGCGUCGUUAUAGCAGGCAUUGGCAUCUCCUCCCGGACCAUGGGCACUGCCCACGCAGCCUCCGACUACGACAUCAAGUGCAUAUUCGUCCAGCCCAGAAGCAGCUAUUUCGGUCUCAAGUCUUCUGCCACGACCUUCAAACAUCACUUCGCAGCAGCAGUCGGUGGCCUUGAUGUAGAGAUCUCCGGCUGGGAGGCACGGCACGCGCUGCAGCUGCUGUCCGAAGAUAACCCGACAGUGCUGGGAUUGCUGCUCUCCCCCGUGAUUUACAUCGGGGAGGAAUGGCGAAGUCGCCUUCGCGAAGUGGCGGAGAAGACAUGCAACAGGCAGCGCUUGAUGCACCACUGGUACAACCACGCGCGGCGUAACUACCAGAGCUACAUUCUCAACAGCGACACGCCUCUGCGAAAAAGAUACGUCCAUGUCUUGCGGCCCUUGUUGAGUAUCGCUUGGCAGAACAAGCAUGGAACAGCCAGCUUCCCGCCAGCGACCAUCCCGGAGCUGCUCGAGCAGGUCGAAGCAUUGGGAGGUUUCUCUGCGGAAGAGGUGGCGACGGUCAAGACACUGAUUGAGCGCUUGGAGGAGCUGCCCGAAGCUCUGCCGCGAGAGCCCAGUCUCGACGCCUUGCUGGCGAGGCUUCUGGAAAGCGAGCGUCCGGUGGGCACAAAACCGCCGGUGCCAACCAGCGAUGUAUGGCAUAAUCUUUGUGUGGAGCUGAUCAACGCAGAAGCACCGUGGUAG